GUUUAUUCUCAUGCUGACCCUGCUCUCUUUAAUAACAACUUUAAAAGUUAUUCUAGUUUUAUAGGCUUUCAGAGAGCCACUGUGUUCUGAUCCAAUAUUUAUAUCAGUAAAGCAUUUUUUUUAGAUUUUAUUUUAUGAGAUUAGAGAAAAGUUUGUUUUUUUCUCUUUCUUUAUCUGAGUAUUUGCGCUAUUUCAGAAGAAGUGACUACUUCAGCAGAAAGAACAGGAAAACAACAGCAACACUUGAAAACCACAUGCACUUCUCCUGACACUUUAUUUUCUGCUCAACUGUUGGACACGAGGGUCAAAAGGACACGUUACAUGUAGAAUCUUUAUAGAAGAAUGAUGUCCCUAAAAACAUCUUCUCUGCUUUGUCUGAUCUUUCUCCUCAGGAUCACAGCAGCUCUGGGGACUGAAUGGAGUGUGAAAUACAGCCAAAGAAAUCUCUGUGCUUUAAAAGGAUCUACAGUGUUUAUGAACGGCACUUACACACACCCAACACGUCUUACAGUGAAAGACAGGUUUUGGAUCAUAAACCCAGUUGAGGGUAAAGAGCCGACUGAUCUGUGUAAUGAACCAGGUUACUCAGGUAGAGUGCAGUAUUUAACAGAUGGACAGAAUCACUUCUCCCUCAGACUGAGUGAUGUGAAGAAAACAGAUGAACACAUGUACUACUUCAGAAUCAGUACAAACACAAAGAAAGACAAAUACAUGGGUUAUCCUGGAGUUACACUCACUGUUACAGAUCUUGAUGUUCAGAUCACUCCUGCAGAAGUGACAGAGGGACAAUCAGCCGUUCUGACCUGUAAAACCACCUGCAGUCUGACUGAUCCAACAUUCAUCUGGUACAAAAACAGCCAUCAUUUAACCACAAAGACCAGCGAGGGCAAUGAAGUCCAUCUGCAGUCAGUCAGCAGUGAGGAUGCAGGCAGUUAUAGCUGUGCUGUAAGAGGAUAUGAACAUCUCUCUCCUGCUCAAACCCUCAGAGUCAGAUAUGGUCCAAAGAAUGUCUCAGUGUCCAUCAGUCCCUCUGGUGAGAUAGUGGAGGGCAGUUCAGUGACUCUGACCUGCAGCAGUGAUGCUAACCCACCUGUGAAGACCUACACCUGGUAUAAGCAGGCGACAUCAGUAGGAACAGAAAAGACCUACACCAUCUCCAAGAUCAGCUCCAUGGACACUGGAGAGUAUAAGUGCAAGUGCAGUAAUGAAGUCGGACAUCAGGAGUCCAGCAGUGUGUCUCUAAAUGUUCUGUAUCCUCCAAAGAAUGUCUCAAUGUCCAUCAGUCCCUCUGGUGAGAUUGUGGAGGGCAGUUCAGUGACUCUGACCUGCAGCAGUGAUGCUAACCCACCUGUGAAGACCUACACCUGGUAUAAGCAGGCGACAUCAGUAGGAACAGAAAAGACCUACACCAUCUCCAAGAUCAGCUCCAUGGACACUGGAGAGUAUAAGUGCAAGUGCAGUAAUGAAGUCGGACAUCAGGAGUCCAGCAGUGUGACUCUGAAUGUUCUGUAUCCUCCAAAGAGUGUCUCAGUGUCCAUCAGUCCCUCUGGUGAGAUAGUGGAGGGCAGUUCAAUGACUCUGACCUGCAGCAGUGAUGCUAACCCACCUGUACAGAACUACACCUGGUAUAUGGAGAAAGAAUCAUCACCUGUAGGAUCUGGACAGAGUUACAGAGCUGUACAGAGUGGACAGUACUACUGCAAGGCUCAGAAUAAACACGGCUCUGACAGAUCAGCUGCAGUAACUGUCACUUUUAGAGGUUCUUAUGUUUCUGUGAUUGUGUAUGUUGCUGUUGGACUUGGACUUUUUGGGCUUGCAGCUCUUCUCUCUGCACUCUUCUGGCUGAGAAGCAGGAGACAGAAGAAGAAGAAGGCAGAUGAAGGUGACUGUCAGAACACUGGAAAGAUUGCUCAAGACGACACAUACGCAGCUCUGGACCCUGCAGGACGGGCAGCUGAUGACGUGUAUCAAACACUUGCAAACUCUGGGCUGAGUGUUAAAGACGACACGUACACGACUCUCAACCCUGCAGGCCGGGCAGCUGAUGAUGUGUAUCACACACUGGUAGUAGGUGUUUAAUGAAAAAUACAGUUACUCGUGAUAUGUUUGAUGAUAAAUAUUUUAUUCUUGUAAAUCUAAAUCCUAUUAAUCCUGUUUUUGGUUUUAGAUUUUUAAUUUUAGAGUUACAUUAUUGAUCCUUCAAAUUUAACAAAGCUACUCAUAUACAUUGCUUCAUUUUGUCUCACUUCAAAUAAAUAAAUAAAACAUCUUUGUAUAUGAAGAACUCGUGUCAGUAGUUAAAUAUUUUUACUCUUUUUUAUUGUGCUUGUGUCAGUUCUG